ACUUUUACAGAUAUUGGCGCAGAUACUUGAAAAGUGGACAGGAAAGAUACCAGUUCCUGUUUCAGCUUGGCGCGCUGUUCUCUGGCUGUUAACCUUAGUGACGAGAGGAUCAGUAAGGAUCUUGAGAUGGUUUGAUGCAGUUUCAUUACACUGCUUGAUUGAGGAUCUAGACUGGCUAAUGGAGAUGAGGCUGGUUGGAAUUGCCAUUCUCCUUGGGAUGGCAGAUGUUCUCCAUGCUUUUGCAAUCAUGGAGAAGGAAGAUGUAUUCAGGAAAACACCCUGCCCGGCCUUCCUGAUGUUUGACAAUGCUGCCUACUUGGCUGACAUGAGUUUUGAGCUCCCUUGUAAGUGCAAGCCAGAGGAGGUCACCUCAGUAGUGUGGUACUUCCAGAAGAGCAGGGGCAGCCAGCAGACCAAGGUCUUAACAGACUUUGAUGGAACCAUGUUCUUGGACUCAGGCCACAUCCGCAUGGGCAGCCACAUGCUGAAGCGCUUCAGCAUUAGGAUGUUCUCCUCAUCAGUCUUCCGGGCCCAGGUGGAGGAUUCAGGCCACUAUCUCUGUAGUACCAAGGAAGGGGACUUCUUCUAUGGCUAUGAUGUGGAUGUGCAGCCCUCCAAGGCCAUCACUGUGGCCUUUGAGGACAGGAACCAGCACCCACAGAAGGAUUAUACAGAGAGGCAUUUCAGCGUGUUCACCACCUUCUGGGACUGGACCAAGUGUGACCGCUGUGGGGUGAGAGGCGAGCAACGGAGAAUUGGCCUCUGCUACGUGAAAAGCGCCUACCUCUACCCCAGGUACCGUACAGUCCCGACAGGCGUGGUGUCCUGUGGCUCAAGAUCUGUCCCCGGGCGCUUCCAGGGCACCAUCCGUCUCAGGAAACCUGAGGUUAUCAUCCGAAGCUGCCUGAUGCCUUGUGUAAAGAGAAAGGACCCUGAGGAAGGAGUGCUGUCCAUCUCCAAUCUCAUUGCAAAGGUUAGCCAGAAACCCUGGCUGCCCAAAGUCCCCAUUCAGUUCCACAAGCAGUACCUUGGCAGUGGUCUGAUAAUUGCUUGCCCCGGGGCCAGGCCAGAGCAUGCAGUGGCGUGGGACAAAGAUUCGACUCGACUGAACCGCACCAGCUUCCUCACUGGGGUCAACAAAAGCAUGCGGGUCUUCAUUGACCAUGGCAACCACCUGCACAUUCGAUUUACCCAGCUGGAUGACAGGGGCACUUACUACUGCUGGCGUGAGGGGCAAAUGGUUGCUGGCUUCCGGCUUUCCGUGGGGUUCCAAGGUGACCAUAAGCGAACCCUUGAUGACCCUGAGACGAGAUAUGCCAUCAAGGCCAUCCUCACAAGCUAUGUCUCUCAUCACCAUGGUGUUUCGUCGGCAUCCACGUCAGCCGCUCUGCUGUUAGCGUUCAGAUGCACUCCCAUGGGGUAGCCUCACUGACGAGUGCUGGCUGCAGGCAAGGGAAAUUAUUUCUCUUGUUUGUUUGUGAUUAUGUCUUGGAACAUUUUUGCUUGGGCUAUUGGGAAUUUUUCUAAUGCACGUUAGCAAUAAAUGCAAGCAAAAUGCU